UCAAAGACACGGUUCAUAUGAUGUUGAAGAUGAGCGGGUGGCAGCGACGGAGACAAAAUCAGAGCCGGAAUCUGAGGAGAGAGUGUUCCAGAAGGAAGUGUAUCUUCAUACAUCACCACACCUGAAAGCAGAGCCUGAUACAGCUGCAGAGAUGGCAGCCGAAUCUUUGCCUUUCUCCUUCGGGACACUGUCCAGCUGGGAACUGGAAGCCUGGUAUGAG